AUGUCCUGCCAGUUAAAAGUCAUUGCCAACGUUUUGGAUGUGCCACUGAUACAGAAGAAACUUUUUCCAGACAAAAACACUGAAAUUAAUAAAGAUAACACUGGUAAUAAUUAUAUUGAUGACCCCAUAUUCAGCAGUAAAGAAAAGAAAUUAGAAAAAUGGGAUAGUAAGGAUGAAAAUGUCUCGACGAAAUAUUCAAUCAUUCAUGAAGCCAUGCCUUUGAUUGAACCUGGGAGUUCUCACGGCGGUCCGGAAUGGACUUGCGUCCUGUCAGGCACGUUGUUGAUUAGCCAGUUGUUCAACGAGGAUCCAGUUGUGCAGAUCAAAUCGUUGACCUACUCCCCGGCCAUUUAUUACGGAGAUAUUGAGAAACACGAAGAGAUAGUCAUCCUCUACCCCCAGACAAUGGUCACAAUUGAUGGCUUUAGUUUGUACCAGACUCUCAAAGCAUGUAAAAACCAGGCGGCCAGAGCAGCCGCCAGUGGCAACGUGAACAUGGCGGACAUGCCCCUUCUGGCCUACAAAAAGUGGGGGCUGCAUGAGCUUGAGGCCGCUAAUGACGUCACCGUUUGUGGUCGGUGCGGUUGGCUUGGUUUAAGCUCUGGCACUGAAGUAAAGGAUAAGAAGAAUCCGAAAUUUGAACCGGAAGUACCUUUGAAUCCAAGGCACGGUCUGUAUGACAAGCGAAGACACGGAGUGACCAUAAGCCCCUCUCCCGAUUACAAGAUGGCUGCCACGACGGAUAGUUUUGGGAGGGUCAUCCUACUCGACGUCCCGUCCGGAGUCGCAAUUAGGAUAUGGAAAGGUUACAGAGAUGCCCAGGUAGGCUGGAUUGAGUCGACGGAAAUUCUAACGGCGACUAAAAAAAGCAACUUUAACAAAACCAGCAACAACAACAACAACAAUAAUGAAGAAGAAUUUAAAGAGCAACAACAUUUUUAUCACGACCCCUUCAAGAAGGGCAGGGUACCAAGAAGGACCAUGUUCCUUGUCAUCUACGCCCCCAGGCGGGGUAUUUUAGAGACAAACAAACAAACGUGCAUACAUAGCGACAAGAACAGUAGAAAAUCAAGAGAGACACAUCUGAUGAAGCAGUUGAAUCUUUUACUGAAAGAACAUCAUGGCUCUUCUGACCCAUUGUUACCGGUACUAACUCACCUCAUCAAGGACAUAAAGUCCUUCGAUGUUAAGCAAGAGGCCUUGGGGAGGAUAUUAUCGUAUAAGGCAAUGACGAGUUCGAAUGUAAGAGAGUUGUAUGCUAAUGUCAUCAACAAUGUAAUAGUUCCUCCAGCGCCCCCACCUCUUCCGCCCACCAUGGACCAAAUAGAGCAUCCGACAGCAAAAAACUUUAAGCAUCACUUGCGAUUUAUCAUAUCUAUGCUGAACGUUUAUGAUAGCGUAACCAUGUAUAACAAUAGAACGGGCGGUAAUAAAGAUGAGACAUUGCUAACUGUUUUUAACUUGGAUCAGUCAGAAGCGAGAGAGGCCACCCAGGUAAUAAGGAGACGAUUAGUCGUCCAAUCCCGAAUCUCGUUAUCCAAGUCUUCGGCCAAUCAGAAAUCAGUAUCAUUCAAAGAGGCAGAACUCUAUCCGUUCAGCGAUUUCAUUUCUUGUUUUGAAUUAGUGAAGAGAAGCAACAAAAUGGCGGCCGUUACGUCGUUGGUGGAGGCGUUGAAAGACGAAAAUGACAAAAAGACAAAAAAACAUGGCGGCGAUGUUGCUGAUGAUGAUACUUAUGGUGAUAACGAGGACGGUGAUGGGGGUGAUGUGGUGAGAGGUAAACAAUUAUACAGUGGUAAUGGUGGUGGUGGUUCGAAAGAUUUGGAAAAGAGAAGGAAUAGUGAUGACGAUGAAAAAAAAAUGACCCUUGGUGAUAAAACCGGUGAUGGUGAUGAUAACAAAGUUGAUGGUGAUGAUGAUGCUGAUUACGUCGUGUGUCUCAAAAGCCAUCUUAAUGAGGGCAAACUCUUCAAUCUAGGGCAAUUUUUGUUCAGCAAUGCGUUGUCCAACAACUCAUCGACCAAGGAACUAGUGAAACUUUUAUUAUCACCUUUAUCUCUUACGUCAUCGUCGACGUCAUCGCCAUUUCCGCAGCAGCAGCAGCAGCUGUCGUCGCUAUCGUCAUCGAUGUCGUCACUGGCGUUUGCCGCUGAUGAUAUCUUGAAAUGUCUUCUGACUUACUUGACAUCGAAUGACGUCACUCUGACGUCAUUAUCACCAGCAUCAGCAUCGGCAAUAACAUCAAAAACUCAGAUGAAGUCAAUGUUUAUUGGAAAUAUCAAGAGACUGUUUACAUUUGUUGCCUCUGUUUUCCAACAAGUUCAAGCUUCGACCAAUCAGGCGAGAGAUUGCAUGUUGACUGACAAGAUGUGGGAGGAUAUCGUGAACGUCUGCAGCCAAUCGGAGAACAUCUUCAGCUCAUACAUAUUCAUACUGAUCGGCAGAUCUCUGGCGUCUAAAUACGAGGAGCCGACGGGGGUGACGCAGGACUGGGUGGAUAUAACCCUGGCCACAGAGAAGUGGCAGAGAGUGUCGAAACAAUUCCAGGACCUACUUCUGCUGGAAACCCUUUUCAAAUACACCCACGCAAAAUCAUCAUCGUCGUCGUCGUCCUCCCACGCCCCUCUGCCCCCAUCAUCGUCAACGUCUUCAUCAUCCACUCACGCUCCACCAUCAACCUCCAAUAACACGACAUCGUCAUCAUCAUCGUCGUCACGUGCAAAACGUGAAAAGAGGAAUGAUGUUAGUAAUGAUGGUGGUGGUGGUUUGGACAGGGGUGGUGUCGCUUUGAGUGGCUGUGCGAGUGGUGGCUCUGUCGGUAGUGCAGCCGUACCGGAAGUGGUUACUGUUUCCUUGAAAAAAAUUCAAAAUGGCGGAAGGGCCAUGCUACCGGAGCUGAUUGGCAAGUGGCUGAGCAGGACGUACAUGCCGGCAGCGGUGCUUCAGAACGUCGACAAAUAUGGCCGACCUCUGCUGCCAAUACUGCCUGGGAGUUCCUCGUUAUGUGGGAUAGGGCUCUCGGUAAUGAUGUGGCAGAUGUUCAUCGUCAAGAGACUGACCUCUGCCGUCAUGUUGACCGAAAAAGUUGGCAAAGCGCCAAAAGAUAGACUGAUAAGAAAAUCCUCUCACCCCGGCUACGACCUGGACGACCCGCACGACGACGAUGGCUUUGUAGCCAACUCGGCAUUGGACGACAUCACCACACCACACCUCAAACAAAAGGAACGACGCAACGCUGCCAUGAUCAUAAAAAUCACCCACUGUGAAGACGUCUGGCAAGAAUACAUACUUCCUAAUUCCUCUUCUGGAUCUACUAUUACUACUACUACUUCCGCCGGAUUGAUGUCAACGCUCUUCUCUAAAAUGGAGUUAUCAUAUCUUGGUUCUUCCUUCGUUAAAUCUGGGGCGUCGUUUACUGGAUACUCCUCUGGCCUGACCGGUUAUUCAUACUCGAAGACUGCUCCCGGCAACAUGGGAUUCGCGUAUUCGAGUCUUUCUUCAAACAAAAAAGGAUUUGCACAUCCGGUCACUACAUCUGGUGAGACGGGGGGAUUUACCUACCUGGAUGCCGCCUCCGCCAAGAAGGGAUUUGUACAUCCGAGUGCUUCUCAAGACGAACCUGAUGAAACAGAGUUAGAAGAUUCGGAUAGCCCUAUAGGUACAUUGCGGAAUGCAACUUUUGGCGCUAUUUCCGGCAAAUUGGGAUCCAGCACAUCCCUGGUCGAGUUGGCGCUGGCUGGAGGAGGUGUGUAUGACGAGGCGAUGGUGAAACAUCACGAAUGUCUCUGCCUGAUCAUGAAAGCUGUACUCAAGUUGGGAUUGAAGUCCGGUCGAACUAACUGCUUCAAACCUCUCACUCACGAAUAUCCGCUUCCGUUUGACGUGCACGAUGAGACUGUCAUGGCGUGCAGAUUGGAGUUCAUAGACCGCCUGAUCUCUAGUUCAAUCUCCACGCUGGGUGAUUCCGGUGUGGACCCCUCCCUCAAAUGUUGUCCUAGGACCUACCGGACCACCGUACUGAAGAAAAAACCGGAUCCUAAACUGAAACAGUACCAGGAGUGGCCGGAUGCUAUCCGUAAACUCUGUCAUUUCCUGAUGUGUGAUACGGAUUAUGUGUACUGGAGACAGGCAGAAGAUAAGGAUGAAUUGAUCAAGAGACUGUUCUUCAUAUCUGCUUAUAGAUUUAAGCCGGCGUUAUUCUGCAAAGACAAGAUGUUGCAUCUGAAUCGAUUGAGCAUGUGCUCAGUAACACUGAAGAACUGGCUUGAAAGAAUUGAUUCAACUUUCCACGUGGCGACAGUCCCAUUGGCAUUCACGAGGGAGCUGCUGACGUACGUGAUGCAACAUCUUCCGGCAGACGGCAUGGAGUACAGGCUCUCCGAGGAGAUGAUGAAACUCUGCGGCGAUUACUCGCGAUGA